AUGUUUACAAACUUCCGCGGAUAUCUUAAUUCUUCCCCCAGGCCCAUUUACCGCGAGAUGAGUGCUUUUCCGUCGCUGGAGAAUAGAUCGCUGAAGAAGAAAUCCGACUGCCCUCCAGAUGUAUAUAACCAGCGGGACGAACAAAAGGAGGAUCUGAUGUCCGAGGAUUUUGUGAGGGAUGGUUACAAAUACAUCAAGCCAGUGCGGGAUGAAUAUGACUCGUGCAGAAAAGAGAGCAAAUUUCUUACUGUCAAUGAUUCACUGUGGAAAUUCUAUCACGAUGUCCUCGCCAAAAAGUACGAUUGUUCAACUUAUCAAGACCUCAAGAAAAAGUCAGCGUCCAAUGUCAGAGAAACAAUUGUUCCCGUCGUUGAUAAGAAUCAAGCAAAUGCAUGGUUCAGGGAACUCGCUGGUUCCACACCGUUGCAGAUCCUUGGACGGAGAGUGCCGUACUCCAAAGACAAACAGGAAAUUCUCAGUGAGCUGGUUGCGCACAAAGUGCCAAUUUCACGUGCUGUGUGGCUGAUCAACUUAAUUCUGCUGCACACUCCGGCUCAACCAGAAAAUGCCAAGCGGAAGCAAAGACCUACGGUCCACCCUAGCGAAUGGACCAGUAAUAUCUGCCAAAUGCUUGAGCGAAAUUUGGUGCAGCUAUGUUCGGAGUCAGGUGAACAGCCUAGUGUGGAAGAAGACUGGGACUAUUUAUUCACUCUUCUACUGGCACUGUAUGAUUCAGACGUUGCUGAUCAUUGGGAGGUCCUCUUAUGGCUAACGAAGCGAGCCGAAAGUCUCUGGAAACAACCGUCAGAGGAUGAGGCGGCCCCGACUCAACAACAGUAUUCCAACUACGAUAACAAUAGUGAUGAACCGCUACCGACAGAAACAAUAGAGGAGACUAAUGUUCUCAACAAUGUUAAAUUCUUCCUCUUUUAUUUACUGAAAUUCGGUCGUCGUUUCACGGAAAAUGAACUUAUUGCUCGUCGUUUGUUGUUCUGGUGUUGUGGCACGUUUAGGAGUAUCGUGCUCAGUGAAUCGCGAGUGCCAGCUGCGGACAACCAGGCUGGCAACCAUCCAAAUAACCCUGAAAUGCAGUUAAUCUUGGAAGAGUAUUUAGAAACUUGUUCCUGCCCAUUACAUCGGAGUGUCGUUUUAUCCUUAAGCAGUAUGAUCACCUGUCUUAUCCUCAGCUGCCCAUCGGCAGCAGUUUGGAAUUCUAUUCCAACGGGAACAGAUCAUUCAUACUUGGAAGGUUCACCACUUGACGUUAUUCCUUAUUCAACUGCUGCCCUACCGAUGCCUCGGGGACCCGAAACUACCGAGAUCCGACAGUGUCUUUUCGACGUGGAAAAUGUGAUAAUCACUCGAAGCCAAUUAGCUGAAGUUGGCUGGAAUCGCCAGGCUUUUACCGAUGUCAGUGGUGAAGAGAUGGAACGUUUGAUCAAGGUUUUGGACAUUCUAGACCGCCAAGACUAUCAUAGUGUGAAGGAACACAACCCGAUGGAAGCACUGUUCAAUCGUAUAUUCAAUGACGAUGCUAUCAAUGUGGAUACUGCAAUUUUGGUAACUACUUUAUGUGAAUGGGCCGUUUCCGUACAUCGCGUUGGUAUCUACCGUUCAGUGAUCGUUGCUUGUCUUCUGGAACAACUCACCCAUUCAUUCGAAUCCGACCCCAAUCCAUUCCAGAUGCUUCAGCAAACGUUACUUGACUUUUUGGACACCUUCAGCUCCAGCCUACCGCCAUAUAGUACCGACCGAGCACUGGUAGAUAACGAACCAAUGCGCAAUUUGGUGUGCCUCUUCGCAGAGCUGAUAGAUCGCGAAGUGUUCGACCAUGAUAUUUACGUUCGACGUAUGAUAGCUCGAGGAGUAUUCGCUGUGGAAUGCCAUCCUUUGGCUGCUUCAGCAGUGACAGAAAGUCAUACUGCCACCCUGACAUUCAGCACAAGCACCCACGGGAAAUUUCAGGCCGUCUCCAAUACCACCUUGCUAAGCAAUCUCCCUAACAACGUAACCACACAGUGUUCAGUGGCCUCGGAAAUGUCGGAGGAUAAUGAUCGGUGCAGUGUAGAUAAUCCGGAUUCGGUCCGUUCUGAAGUUGGAUUUCCAUCGGUCACUACGUCUUGCUGUGGUUACGCAACGUCGGCGCCGCAUCAUCCUGCUUCAGAAUCCCUUACAGGGCCUGCGCGAUGUUCUCCGCAUUUUCAUUAUUUGACGCACUUCCCCCUUCCUCAAGAUGAAAGCUACUCACACGAGGAGAAUCAGCGGUAUCAGUUGUUGUAUGGCUCCCUUCGAGCCCGUGAUCGUGCUCGCAGUCGUAUUCGUCAGUUAGUUAGAGACAUAGUGAAAAUCUUCACCCGUAAAUUCUAUUUGAUUGAUGUGGUGCAUGGCGAAAUGUGUAAGCGAAAAAAGUCCAAGGACAGAGAACGUGAGGUAUCCACAGCCCCUGUUGCGAAUAUGCCGUCCUCUAGUGGACAUCGAGUGGUGGCAGUAAGUGCGACGGGUGGGGGAAGUGGCGGUGUAUCAGAUGAUGCCCAUUUGAUAGACAAACUUCAUGAAGACAUCAUGUCUCGAUUCAUCUGCCUGUCAUACCAUGAUAUGGAAUGCGUCAUUUCUCAGUGUACGCCGACAUUCACUAAAGUCCUUAGUGGUUGUAACGGACAAGGUAAUCCAACUGUGAUCGGUGAUGAUUACCAUUCCAGUUCCACUUUGGGUAUGGCCAAUCCUCCUUCGCCUCCAAACAAUGCGGGUAUCGUGGCUAAUCUUACAAGCCAGAGCACCAUCUACAUGCCCGUACCCAAUUCCAUUUUUCUUUUCUUCGAAUUAAUUGAAACCUCACUGAACAUCACCAGUUUGAUUGCAACCAUUGUGGACACGCUUGAACGUUUGCAAACAUUGUUCGAGUCACGAACUCCAUUCAUGACUUUGUACAUGUCUUCAGUUUGCCUUCGGUCCAUAGGAAUACUACAACGUCAUCAACCGGUUUUGUUCACUAUGAGCGACUUGCCGAAUCGUCUUUUCCCCGCUCUGAUUGCCCAAGUUCGCCAAGUCCGAGAACCCACUCAAUGUGGUCCGUUUGAGCGUUGUGUGCUUGCUUAUUUAAAUGACUUGUUCACGUCGAACGCGCAGAUUAAAUCUCAUUUCGCCUCAAUUUACAAUAAGGCGCAUCCAAAGGUUGCCGCCCUGUUUCGUUCGGUUGAACCAAGUGAAGGUCUGGCAACAUUUGAUCAGGACUAUGCUUCAGACUUGCUCAAAGCCGCUGGUUCUGAUUAUCCGUCAUUGUUUCGUGCCUAUGCGGAUGACUUGCGAAAUAAUCCAAAUUCACGUUUCAGUUUUGUGUGUAGAGCCAUUAUUUUUGUUUGCCAAGCGACAACUCUGGAACGUGUUAACUAUUUAUGUGGCUUGUGUGCUGAGUUGACUUCACAUUGUGGAGAUUUAACUCCCGAAUGGCUCGGGGCUUUGUAUGCAGUAAUUGCACCACGACCCUACGACAUGGCUGUGCUGAUAAUUGCACCACGACCCUACCGACAUGGCUAUGGACCGAUUGUGAGCGACGUGGAGCCAGGCGAUAUGAACAUGUACGACAGCGUGAGUUCCCUCAUUGGCACAUUAUUGUUUCGACGUUGUAUGACUAUUUCGGACUUCUUAUGUCGAGUCAUAUGUCCUGCAAUGGCUCAGGGUUUAGUGCAACCUGUAGGACCGCAGUUAGAACCCAGCAUUCGUUUGGCAUGCCACAUUCUUCACAGGCUUUUCACAGCAGAAUCCUCAGCGAGUACAAUUCAAGCCAACAUGAGUGCACUUACUCCAGGACAUGAGCCGUCUGCCAGCGCAAUAGCUACAGCAAAUACAACCAGCACUUCUGCUACCGAUUUGAGCACUCCCCCCUUCCGGAUUUCUGAACCGUUGCUACUCACCGGGGCGUUACAAAAGGUGACUCCUGAACUCUUAGUGGAUGUCCUUAAGAUGCUCAUGGUUCACAACGACAAAGCUUGUUCGGAAGACCUAGUUCAGAGUGGGAUGCACAUGGGUGAUGAUGCAACCGAAGGCAGCGACAGUGAUGUGGGACAAGCGGACGACGAAGCUCAUGAUGAAGAGCAUUCACACCGUAGAUUCACUGGGGGUAAAGCAAUCCAUCCGAUUGUUCGACGCUUCCUGGAAUCUGGAAUCCUGCCUACCGUGAUUGAGCUUCGCAAUCUUCCUCUGAUUGGUUUGAUACAGCUGGUUUUGCGUGAAAUCUGUUCGGUACCUUGGGUUCGUGAACGAUUCUUCCGAAUGCCUUCGGAUCGGUGGACACGUGAAAAUGUCUUAAUUGACAGAAAAUUUUCUCCGACGCAAGCGCGGCGUCUAUUGCACGUGAUUUUCCAUCCGUUCGAUCUCACAUGGUCUGAUACCUCGUCGCUUGCUACCGCAAUGUGUCAAGUGUUGAGUAGUCUAGAUCUAUGGACUCUGCGGUGCGCUCUAGUAAAAUUCCAGCUGCUUUACACACAAAUUCGCCUCUCCCAGCAGAAAGAUGUGCUUGAUUCGGUUGGACAGGCGAUCGUACGUGGGUUUCAAACGCAAGCACUCAACUGGCUCAAGGCCAAUGGUUCCGGGAUGUCCGCAGAUGUGUGUUUGGCUCCAAUCGGUGGUAUUUCACGUUUCGAACUGGAGGAAAACGACCCAGUUUGGCUUGUGCCAGCGUUAAUUGCCAAACUACCAAGACAACUGAAGGCGCAGAUCGUAACAGGGGCCUUGGAGAUCCUUCAAGGAAUCAAACACUUUUGGAAGCACAAGAACGAUGAGGAUAAAGAAGGAGAACUUUUGAAACACUCAAUCGUGCUUGCUCACCCAGCUUUCUUUCGGUUGCUGCAGGUUUGUAUGGCGGAGAUUGACCCUGUCGACAAGCUAUAUGAACAGGUAGGCUACUUCGUGGAGAAUGCACAUGACACUGAGGAUCGUGUCCCGGAUAACUUACGCACUCGACAGGUAGUGCAAGAAUGUCUCCGUCUUCGCUUGACUUUAGUCGGGCAGUGCUUCAAGGCUUUACAGAAGGAGCAUGAGCCGACCACAGAUUGGUCACUUUUGUUAACAAAACUUAUCAGCCACGGAGUGAUUGAACCAGAGUCGAAUACCACUCUGUUCUACAUGGUCUAUGAUAUGCUUCAGAGUCUGGUUCAUACAAUGGCCGCCAGAAGUGGUGUGGAGGGGAAGCAUUAUCAGAAUCUUGCGAAGAAGAUCCGCCGUGAAUUGUCCAGACGACCAAGUUACGGAAUCGAACAGAUUCGACUUCUUUUACCUCCACUUAAGGCAGCAUGUACUGUGAUUGUCACAGGCCACAACGCCCAACGUCUGUCUGCUUCCGGCUCAUCGGGAACAUCAGAUGGUGGUGGUUCGGGAUCUGGUGCAAACAAGUCCGGUGGGAUUGGGAAGGUCAGUACUUCGAAGGGAGCGGGUAAAGGCGGUGGCAGUGGUCACCACGGUGGCCCGAGGGACAGUGCAUUCCGACGCCCUGGGAAGAAGCGUGGGUUUACGAUAAUUGGUAAAGAGCGUCUAGCACCAUGGGAUCUACAGGAUCCAAGCAAGCAGGCCAUCCUCUUGUCAAUGCAUGGUGCCACCUCUAUCGAAGCAAUACCAUCACGUACCGAAGAACAGGCGAAUCGAUUGAUUCGGCACGACCACUUCAUCCGACUAAGGCGCCCACCUGAAUUUUAUUUAACUCCAGUCUAUCCGGAGGAGGAAGAUGCAAAGGCUCAAGACAAGAGGAGCGAUGCUACCGAACAACCGACUCUUGGCCCACCACCUAGUAAAUCGUUUAAAAUGGAGGCAAACACAACUGACUCUGGCAUGUUGCCCCCCAGUACAGUUUCUGCCAAGUCAUCAUCUAAUCCGCUUUCAUCCAGUUACAAUUUGGGUCCUAUAUCCAGUGACGGCAACUUGCGGGCCACUGGUACGAAGCCACGUGCACCAAGCACCAUUAACGAGCCAAAGGGGGGAACAGGGCGUGGUGUUGACAGAACGUGCACUGAUUCCUUAAUCUACGAGGAACUACGCAGGCCGCCUACAACAAACAGCAGCAACAAACCCGCAGUUGGUUUGUCUGAAUUUACCUUUGAUCCAGCUGUUGCUGCAACCCCUCAGCUUCCUCCGUCAUCCGCUUACGGCGCUCGAUCCUUUCAGCCUGAUUAUCAGCAGAGCUACCAAAGUUCGGUUUUGCAACGAUCAAGACAGCCUGAAGCACCGUUUGUUAAUGCUGCGAUACAUUCUCAUGGUGCCGCCAGUUCUCAGUUCCCCAACUCCAUGGUACAUGCAGAACGUUUCUCAAUGGACAAUUUCCACACUCAACCGAAACGCCGAACUUCCAACGCAGACAAAAACUUCUCCGACGGCUUUACUCCUGGCUCCGACAUGCCUGGCAGUCAUCAUCGACCCCGCGGCGUUCCGAAUAAACUUGGUGGUGAUCACGUACUAUGUGCAGAUUCUGUGCCCACCGACUCUACACCUGUAGGGAGUGGUGCUACAAUGGCCCCGGCUGUCACUACAAAACGGAAGAGGGGUUCUGGCCGUAGAGGUAGUUCUUCUGCGGGUAUCAAUGAACACGGACUGUAUGGUACAGUGGGUCAACGUAAUAUGAACCAAGGCCCAUCAGGAACUAGCGCCAGGACAGGUAACACGUUAGGGCAUAAAGUAUCCAACUCAAACUCGCUUGCAGGCCACCCUAUGCAUGGUCAUCCUGGCUCUACGUCUGAACUUGGCAUGAUGGAUGUACCCCCUGGACAGGAUCCUUCCGGAAUGGCGUGGUUGGGUAAAACAGGGACAUUUGAUAAGCCAACCAUUGAGUCACAGCCUUCGCGUAGCUCCACCUCCAUGGAUAGUCUGCGUGGCUUUAUGCGAAACCGUAUGCAACAGCAACGAGCCUCGGCAGCUGCUCUACAACAGCAGCAACAGCAACAAAACUACUCCUCAUUCAUGAAUCCAACAGUCGCUCAAUCUUCAAUUCGAUCUUCCGAACACUCGGAAAUGUUACCCGGCGGUUCAGUCUACGGUCAGUCUUCAGACAUUGGCGCAGGUAUUCCUUACUCCUCAUCUGUUCACAAUCUUAAUGCCUAUCCAAGUAGUGAAGUUACGGUUGUCGGUACUUAUAGCCAACAACCUACUGCAAUGAAUCCUACUCACUUGAUUGAGCAACCAAUCAGACAAGUCGGUUCCGGAAACAAUUUGACGCGUUAUGUCACCCAGUUCAAUUCUCAGCGACCUGGUGGGAUGGGUAUGCACCCAAGUAACGCCAAACCAAGUGUUCAGGUUACUCACCAACUACAACAGCAAACUCAGCAAAUUGUACCAAACCCUCCACCAUAUCCUAUAUCCGCACAACAAGUAGGUGCUUCCUCCACGCAUCAAAUGCAGUCGAAUCAGCAGCAUUCGUUUAAUCGUGCUCCCGUGGAAGACAACUAUGUAGUGGUUUUGGAGAAUCAGGUCGAUGAACAGUCUUUUCCACGAAUGGGUGCAGGACAGCCGAUGAUGAGGCACUCGAGUUAUCCGACAGGCAUGAUGCACCAAGCUGCACAUCCUCAUCAACACCAGAUGCAACAUCAGCAAAUAUCUGGUGAACCGGUCUCCAUACAGCUUAUGCAUCAUCCACCUGCGGGUUCCUACACACGUAUUGCUGAUCCAAGUCAACUCCACCCUUCUCAUAUGACUCAGAGUAUGCAACAGGCAGCACAACAGCAAUCACAAUAUUCCCGUUACACGAAUUACUGAACAUUCUUGUGGCACAUCCUGCGAUUUUCUGUACAGUUAUCUCCAAUAAUUUUGCCGAUAAUUUGUUCACUUCAAGUUGGUUUUCUU